CGACCAUUCUUCAGUCGAGAAGAUCCUUCACCCCGACAUCACUGCCAUCCGUCGCUCUGGCGCCUCGCACACAGCUUUGGAACACUUUGGCAUGCUCUAUGACGACGAAAAGGGAGGAAAGGAUCGAAUUACAGCAUUACCCUACAAACCGAAAAGUCUAGCACUGAUCAUACCCAAAAUUCCACGACUCUCGGCGGUCUCUUCCACAGACUUGUUCUCCUGCACUGCAUCCUUCAUGGCCUUGUCCUCUCCUGCCGGUGCGCUCAAGCCAGCAUCCUGGACGUUUGGAGCGCUGCUCUGGCUCCUUCUCCGUGGUUGCUGGAGCUCUCUGGUUCAUACCGUCGUUUUCUGUCUCGCUCGUCGCAAAUUCAGACUCCGUGCUCCUCAAUCUCUCGAUGUCAGCCUGCAAUCGACCCAUUUCCUCCUGCAGCUUGUGACUUUCCAUCUCAAGCUCCAGUCUCGUCUCAUCGUCCUGUUGCCGGAACGCCUCUGUCGAUGGAUGAAUGAGGAGAAAACCUCCUGCUUUUCGUCACGCACGCUUCAUCUCCUUGCGCAAUCCGCUCAACUCCACUCGGUGCUUGGCCAGCUGUUCGCUCAACUCUCGCUCGAGCUCCUGACCCACGAAUGUCUCCACCAACUUCUUCUGCUCGUCCACCAACUCAAUCUGGACCUUCAACGCAUAAGGGAUGUUCACUGCGAGCUCGUCCACGAUCGCUCGCGCUGAUUCCAGGUCGUUUAUCGAUUGGUGUCGCUGCAUGGUUGCGCCGCCAUCCAACACCUGUUUGAAGAAGCAUGCAUCCUCUGCCAAUUCGCUCUCACGCGACUCCGCUAGCUCCAACCCGACCUCAUCCCACAUCGUGGUGACCACGGAGAUGUUCGGGAACGCAUCUUCGCCACAGAGAUGCUGGAGCAGCUGGAAGUUCCGUUCGGUUGUGCUGUCCAUGCGGAUGUCUGAAAUACGAUGUGUGUACAGGAUGCCUGAGAGUCGGCGUCCCUCCGCAUAUCUGAGAGAGAACGAUGAAAUCAUGAGCAGAACUUCCACAUCGUUGCAAUCUGGGUCGUAGAAUCCCGGAGUGUCGAUGAGCGAUAUAAGCCCGCCGUUAGCAGGGAACGGAGGUGUAACUUGGAUGCCUGCUGUGCAGGAUUGCAGUCCCGAUCCGACCUCAAAAUCGGAGCCGCUCAGGAGAUUGAUAAACUGCAGCUCCGUCGUCACUCGUGGAGGAUAUCCUGAAACCCUGGGUUCUCACCGUUGUUUUCCCGGACGUUGGUGGACCUAAUACCCUAUGAAGCUCGGAUGAGAUUGGCUGGAAUGAUAGGGUGAGGCAGCUAACAGUAUCGAGAGGACCUCUACAUUUCCCUGUGGAAAACUGAUUCAGACAUGCGAGGGAAGUUAUUCAAUAUGCGUAUGACCAGCCUCCGAGUUAUCUGGAUUGCUCCUCUCACUGAGAGAGGCAGCAUCCGACUCUGAGAUCGUUGUUGAUUCGCUUGUAACACUUCUCGUCUCGUUGUCUGAGUCUUCUGAGUUGGCAAGUAUACUCUCAUGCCUCGUGCUGAGCACCUGGUGCGAUUUAAAAAAAGCUUGGUGUCAAAUCUGCGGCAUGUCAAUCUUCCAGUGUUCGGCUGUCAUGAUAUAUCUACGCACAUUUCUUGUUUCCGAACAAUCGAUUCAUUUCACAUUGCACGGUACAUUGGCACCAGCCGAUAACAAGGUUCGUUGAGAUGGGUAUCAGAUCACGCGUUAUUGACGCGUUAUUUGGUCCCAUAUUAUCCUCCCUCUCCACGAGUUAUCCAGCAGACCAAAACCAUUCAUUAUCUUCAUUCACGAUGCCAAGCCCUCAAAAUUCAUCCUGUCAGCGGACCUGACUCGACACCAUCUGGAAGCCUCACGACUUCGCUUGUCAGGUUGCCGUUCGGCCGUGCACUCUCAUGCAGAUUAUGGCUCAUCCUACCUGCGAGACCAAACUCUAUUUCUGUCGCAGCAAGUUCCCCGCUGUUGUCUCUCAAAUUCCCUAUCUCCUCCUAGCUCAGUGUCUUGCCAAUGAGUGCCCCUUCGGUCACGUUCAACUGGAGGGACUUUGCUGCCCGUCUGCCAGAGUUGUGUUUACCAGAAGAUGCAAUGUCGAAGGAACACAUAACCCGGGAGUCAGCACAAGACCAAGUAACUAUCGCAGUCAUGGGCCCAACCUCCUCUGGCAAAACAUCUUUUAUCAACCUCCUCAGCGAUUCCAACUUUGCUGUCAACUCGAGUCCCUUGUCGUGCACCAAAAAAAUUCAAGUCUCGCGCCCGUUCCCACUAGCAGGCAAGACAGUGACGCUCAUCGACGUGCCGGGAUUCUUGGAUCCGGCUCUGAGCGAUGCAGAAAUCCUGAGGAUGAUAGCCACUUACCUGCACGGAGGCAGACUCAACGGCAUCGUCUACACGCAUCGUAUCUCAGAUGUGCGCAUCGACGGCAUCGCUACACGCCAUUUCCAGCUGUUUCAAGAAUUGUGCGGCGCCAGUGCGUUUCCGAACGUCAUGAUUGCGACCACAAUGUGGCACGAAGCAGGUCGCGCGGGGGACUGCGUUGCUCGCGAAACGCAGCUGCUCGAGGACCGACGACUUGGGUUCCGCUCUGUUCUCGAGCGCGGAGGACAUAUUCGCCGGCACGACGCCGGCAUCGUUUCGGCUGUGGCCAUCUUGAAGAGUCUGAUGAACCUACCGCCUUUCGAGAUGGAACUUCAGCACGAGUUGGUCGAUCAGCAUGUCGAGAUCUCGGAGACGGGAAUAGGGCUUGAAUUGACCAAGGUUCUGACCGAACAACUGGUAAAGCGCAGGAAGGAUCUUGCCGCGUUGCGGCAGGAGAUGAAAGAAGCUUUCCGGGAGAACGAUCACGAAUCGAGGCGGGACCUUGAGAUGGAAAGCCACUCCCUCCAAGCAGAGAUGACACAGCUGCAAGCUGACGUGGACUUGCUCGGAUCGAACUUCGUGCUUUCCAGACCUUUAUCGACCCCAAAAUCUGAGCCCAGUGUUGGUGCAUCGGUCGAGCAGCCCAAACUUCGAGGCAAGCAGGACGGCUCGACACCUAUACCCGAGGCAAUCACCGCAGCGGUCCCUCAUCCGCAUCCUGCACAGACCAAUAUACCACAAAAGAAGGAAAGAAAGAAGUCGGAUGAGAAAGUGCGCAAGUAUGGACAUGAUCACAAGAGAGGAUUGAAGAAGCAUUAAUACGAGAUGCUACUGCGUGU